UUAGAGAGAAUGCAAAAAAAGACCCUUCUCCCUAAAUCUACUAAAACCAGAUCCAUCAGUAUUAAUUAGCAACAUGUAAACACCUUGACUGACAGUUUAGCACUGCGUGUUGCUCUUGCAGUGAGCUGUGCCUUUCAAAUUCCUACCCAUGUGCCUCAAUAACAUACUAUUAUAAUGCCCGUAUAGGUUUUACCUCGAAGGAGCAUAACAAUAGCUUCUGUUCUAGAACAAAAAUGGUUUGCUACAGGACAAUAUAACCCACCCUUUUGUGAGGAGAAAAGUGGAGCAAAACAGUUUUAUACUCAGUUGUCUUUGUUUCCAUGCAGGCAGGCAGCUAAUAAUUUGCGUUUGUCAGUUCACUACUUCAACAGAGUUCCAGAAAACAGUGCUCCUGGCCAUGACACAUCAGGGCUGCUUUCUAUGGUUCAUCAUCCACAUGGCCUUCUGGGAAAAGAACAUUACAGCAAAUCUGUUUUAACUAACCUUUUUGUGUCUGUGCCUAUAAAUACAAGAUGGCUUUCUACUAGUCUUUUACCAAGCCAUUUCUAAUCGUGACUUGAACUAGAAUGAAGUGGACAUGAACAAAAAGGGAGAUCUUACUCAGCAGAACUCAUCUGGAAUUGACAAUGAUGAAGUUGAUGGAAACAAUAUAUGUAGUUUCAGAAAGAAAAAGGGAAUCAAAGUUACCAUAAAGCAUGCUCCUCUAUUAGAAAAUGAGAAGAUGGAGCCGUCUCACACCUCAAAAAUCCCAGGUCCUCAUCAUCUUCAGGGAAACAUUGUUAGUUCAGAACCACCACUGCAUCAUUCUCUUCAAAACCUGACUAAUUUCACUCUGGUAGAAAAGCACAGAGGGGACAGUGGCAGCUCCCAUUUUGGCAGCAACGUGAAAGAAGACAUGCCUGGGGAAACACAUGGCAUCCCAGAAAACGCUGACAGUGGGAAAAAAGCAAUAGAAAAAAUGCAGGAGAGGACAGAAACAUCAGGUAAAACAAAGCUGUCCAUACAAUCUGCAAGCAACACAGAGAAAGUUGAGUGCACAGAGACAGUGUUUGAAGAAGAGGACAGUGAGAAGACAGAGCAUAAACAAGAAGUCUGGGGCAGGAUGGAUGAAGAAAACAGCAAGUUUCAUAUGACAAAGAUGGGCUCCCUGGAGAGCACUGCAACCAUUCAAGGGAGUGACACUGCAGAAUCUUUCACACCUGGCACUUCUAAACAAAGUCUGCAAGAGCUGAAAAAGCUUCUGAUUGAAGGCCCUCUACCUACCCAUGGGCCCAAUUACAGAGGUGGGUCAAGUGGCACUUUUUGUCAACAAAACUUGAAGCCUGUGGAGAAAAGAGCUGAAAAACAAGGCAGGCCCUUUGAGACGCUUAGUCUCCAUUUUGGAAAAGAGAAUCAAAAGUACCACAGUUUUCACAAAGACGGAGCAGAGCAGCAGAGCAAACCUCUGCUGGACCUCAGCUGUGCAGGAUCCGAUCAGCUGCAACCAGCAGGAGGCGAGGCGGAUCAGCCUAUCCUGAAACAACCAGAAGCUUCCAUCAGUGCUGAAAGUUCCGCUCCCGAGGUUCUAUUUGACUCUUCAGCAGGGAAUGCUGCAUCCAGCAGGGAACCUGAUAUAAACGGCCUCGGAAUUCCAAGCCUCCUUCACCUGUUCUCUCACAUUGAAUUUAUUAAGCAGCAGAUGGCCAGGGACAGCGUACAGUUUGUCAGAUUUGAAUCAAUAGACCUCCAUGGUGUGUCAAGGUCAAAGAAUGUUCCUUCUCGCUUUUUUCAUGAAAAAGCAAUUCAUGGUGUUGCCAUGCCCAGAAGCUAUCUUGAACUGACCCUGAAUCCUAACGAUAAUGAAAUAGAUUAUAUAAAUGCAACUAAUUUUAAUUGUGACAUAAUCCUGAAUCCUGAUUUAUCAACGUUUCGAAUUCUACCCUGGACCGAGCAGACUGCUAGAGUGAUAUGUGAUUCCUUCACUGUAUUGGGCAACCCUCUAAUGACCUCACCUAGGCACAUUGCCAAGAAGCAGCUGAGAGAGCUUCAGAACAAUGGCUUCUCUCUACACUCUGCCUUCACUUAUGAAUUUUGUAUUUAUGGCAUUACUGAGGUUGUAAAUUCGAAGACAAUAUCCUUUCCUGCAGCAACGAUACUAAAUAACCAUGACCAGACAUUCAUUCAGGAGCUCAUUGAAGGAAUGUAUUGUACUGGGGCCAACAUUGAAAGCUUUUCUUCUUCUAGUGGGCCUGGACAAAUGGAGGUCACUUUUCAUCCAGCAUUUGGCAUAGAUGCUGCUGACAGUGCCUUCACAUUUAGAACAGGCAUUAAAGAGGUGGCUAAGAAGUAUAGCUACAUAGCUAGCUUUUUCUCAGAAUCAGGAUUCUACAAUUCAGGGGCUCUCUCACAUAGCCUGUGGGAUCUGAAUGGCCAGAAGAAUUUGUUUUCUGCUGGUUAUGGAGCUGAAGAGCUCACAGAUAUUGGAAAAAAUUGGCUAUCUGGUCUCUUGGCACACUCAGCAGCUAUUAGCUGCUUGAUGGCUCCUACCACCAGCUGCCGUAAGCCUUAUUCCAAAUACAGCAAAGAAUCAAAAGAGACUGUAAAUGCAAAAUGGGCAUAUAAUGAUAACAGCUGUGCCUUUAAUGUCAAAUGUCAUGGUGGAAAAGGCACUCACAUAGAGAAUAAAUUAAGUUCUGCUACAGCAAACCCCUACUUGGUACUUGCUGCUACUAUUGCUGCAGGUCUAGAUGGAGUAAAGAGAGGACUUAGGUAUGAUGAUACGUCCCAGGAAGAAAACCACAUAUCUGAUCUGAAACCUUCAUCCAUCCCUCUGAAGCUAGAAGAUGCUCUUGUUGCACUUGAAAAAGAUUCAUUCAUUAAGGAAGCAUUAGGUGAAACUUUCAUCAGUUAUUUCAUUGCCAUGAAACAUUAUGAGUUAGAAACUGAAGAAAUGGAUAGUGAAAGGAAUAAAUGCCUGGGGUAUUUUAUUUAGAAGGAGCACUCUUCUGUACUGAUGCUGUGUAAAUGCAUAUAUUGUAGACAAAUAUCUUGAAAUUAGUAAAUAUAUUUUAAAAUGUUUUAAUGCUUCAUUUAUUUAUUUAUUGUAUUUCCUUCUUUGUUUAGUAAAUGGCAGUUGCAUUUUAUAGUCUGUACAUUCUGCACAGUGGAAAACUGAUAUUCAUGAAAAAGUAUUA